CUCCCUGAAUCCCUCUUGUAAUUAUUGUUCCUCAGAAGAUCUAGCUACUCUGCAAAAAUUCUUUGCAGCCAUGGAUACCAAGAAGAAUCCAUGGCUCAUGCUUUCUCUUGUCUUCCUCAGCUUAUCUCUCAACAACCAUCUUUCUCAUGGAGCUGACACCAUCUCUGCCAUCUCUGCCAACCAAUCUCUCUCUGGUGACCGAACCAUUGUCUCUGCAGGUGGGAGCUUUGAACUGGGUUUCUUCCAAACAGGUAGCUCUUCUAACUACUAUAUAGGCAUGUGGUACAGUCUCAGCAAAGUCUCAACCCGAACCAUAGUUUGGGUCGCAAACAGAGAUAAACCAGUCUCUGAUAUAAGUUCUUCUGUAUUAAAAAUCUCGGGUGGUAAUUUGGUUCUCUUCAAUGAGUCCCAAAUCCCAGUUUGGUCCACAAAUUUGACCUCCACCACUUCAUCGAGUCCUGUAGAAGCUGUUCUUCUAGAUGAAGGAAAUCUUGUUGUGAGAGAUGGGUCUAAUUCAUCAAAAUAUUUAUGGCAAAGUUUUGAUAACCCAGCUCAUACAUGGCUUCCUGGUGGUAAGAUUGCAUUCAACAAAAUUACCAAUGAAAAACAACGCCUCAUUUCAUGGAAGAAUGAGGAGGAUCCUGCACCAGGACUCUUCAAUCUUGAACUACAGGCAAAUACCAGUUCGUAUAUUAUUCUGUGGAAUAGGUCCAUUCAGUAUUGGACUAGUGGAGCUUGGGAUGGGAAGAUUUUUAGCUUAGUUCCUGAAAUGAGGGCCAAUUAUAUCUACAACUUCAGUUAUGUUAACAACACAAAUGAGAGUUAUUUCACCUAUUCUCUUUACAAUCCUUCCACCAUUUCUCGAUUCGUGAUGGAUGUUUCUGGGCAGAUUAAGCAGUAUACAUGGUUAGAAAAUACCAAACAGUGGAAUUUGUUUUGGGUUCAACCGAAAACACAAUGUGAGGUUUAUGCUUUUUGCGGGGCAUUUGGUAGCUGCAACGAAAAAUCCUUGCCUUUUUGUAGCUGUUUAAGAGGUUUUGCUCAGAAGUCGCAGAGCGACUGGAAUUUGUCAGAUUUUUCUGGUGGGUGCAUGAGGAGAACUGCUUUACAGUGUGAGAAUACCAAUCUUACUAAUAGACAGGCGGACAGGUUCUUUCAAAUGCCCAGCAUGGCAUUGCCUGUACAACCACAAUCUGUUGGGGUUGGAAAUGCUGCAGAAUGUGAAUCCACCUGCUUGAAUAGCUGCUCUUGCACUGCUUAUGCUUAUGAAAUCAAUAAUUGUUCAAUUUGGGUUGGAGAUCUCGUGAAUCUGCAACAACUCACUGUAGGUGAUCCUAAUGGGAGAACUCUAUAUCUCAAACUUGCAGCUUCUGAGUUCUCGAGUAAAAAGAAUAAUAAGGGGAUAAUUGUUGGUGCUGUUGCGGGCUCAGUUGCAGCAGUUCUGCUAUGCCUUUUUGUGGUUGUAAUCCUUAGAAGAAGGAACAGAGCUGUUGGAACAGGAAAAACAGUAGAGGGUUCAUUGGUGGCAUUUGGGUACAGAGACUUGCAAAAUGCGACCAAGAAUUUCUCAGACAAGUUGGGGGGAGGAGGCUUUGGUUCUGUUUUCAAAGGGACCUUAUCCGAUUCAACAUUCAUAGCAGUCAAGAAACUUGAAAGCAUCAGCCAAGGAGAGAAGCAAUUCCGCACAGAAGUCAGUACAAUCGGGACAAUCCAACAUGUAAAUCUUGUUCGGCUUCGUGGGUUCUGCUCUGAAGGUGAUAGAAAGUUGCUGGUCUAUGAUUAUAUGCCAAAUGGCUCAUUAGAAUCUCAUCUUUUCCAUGAAAAGUUUUUGGACUGGAAAACAAGAUACCAGAUUGCUAUUGGAACAGCUAGAGGGUUGACUUAUCUCCACGAGAAGUGCAGAGAGUGCAUCAUACACUGUGACAUAAAACCAGAAAACAUUCUUCUUGAUGCUUAUUUAUGUCCAAAAGUGGCAGAUUUUGGCCUGGCCAAGCUUGUUGGGCGUGAGUUCAGUCGAGUCCUGACAACCAUGAGAGGCACAAGAGGUUAUCUUGCUCCGGAGUGGAUUUCAGGGGUGGCCAUUACAGCCAAGGCUGAUGUUUACAGCUAUGGAAUGAUGCUUUUCGAAUUUGUCUCGGGAAGGAGAAACUCUGAGCCAUCAGCAGAUGGCAAAACUGGAUUCUUCCCAACUCGGGCUGCAAGCCUCUUAGCUGAAGGGGGUGAUGUCCUUAGCCUAUUAGAUCCCAGGUUGGAAGGAAACGCUGAUGCAGAAGAGAUCACAAGAGUUUGUAAAGUUGCUUGUUGGUGCGUCCAAGAUGAUGAAACUAACAGGCCGACGAUGGGUCAGGUAGUUCAAAUCCUUGAGGGAGUUUUAGAUGUGAACCUGGCCCCGAUUCCAAGAUCUCUCCAAGUAUUUGCUGACAACCAGGAGCACAUAGUUUUCUUCACUGAGUCAUCCUCAAGCCAAAGUUCACAGGCACGGAGCAACGCUUCAGCUACUUCCUCUCAGUCGAAGAGUGGCGUGUCAUCGACGAGUUCAAAGUCUUGAGAGCAAUCAAAUGAAGACACCUUGAGCUCUUAUAUGUUUGGUAAAUAAUCUGUUUUCUCAUUUUUGUUCUUUUAAAUUUGUGUCCUAAUAACUGUUAUAUAUAGCUUAUAUUUUUCUGGUAGGAGUGUUUGUGUAUUCCAUGGAAGCAUUGCUUCAAAAUAACAAAUAAUGCAAUUGGCUAUGGCUUCUGGUGUUGU